ACCAUUUUAACGGGAUCAGGUGGCUUCGUCUUUGAACUCCUCAUAUUGCUACAUAUUACACAGUGGCUCCUCUGUCUUCACAUGGACUGGAAAUCUUACCACCUCUGAGGACCAGGAACUUGUUGAGAGGCAGCUGGAUCUUAUCAAGCCUGAUAUGCAGUCGAAACUGCAAAAAGAAGGGGCAGAAUCUGAGCAAUUUUGGGAGUUAUUGGGUGGAAAAUCUGAAUAUCCUAGUGAGAAGAUUGGACGGGAUGCUGAAAGCGAUCCUCAUUUGUUCUCGUGCACCUUCUCAAAAGGGGAUCUAAAGGUGACAGAGAUCUACAAUUUCGACCAAGAUGAUUUGAUGACAGAAGAUAUUUUUAUCCUUGAUUGUCAUUCGGAUAUUUAUGUUUGGGUUGGCCAGCUGGUAGAGUACAAGAAUAAAAUGCAGGCUUUAUCCAUUGGUGAGAAAUUCCUGGAAUACGAUUUUCUUAUGGAGAAACUAUCUCACCAAGCUCCAAUAUAUAUUGUUAUGGAAGGGAGUGAACCGCCUUUCUUCACUCGUCAUUUCAGUUGGGACUCCAUUAAAUCUGCUAUGCAUGGGAACUCAUUCCAAAGAAAGCUCACACUAGUGAAGAAUGGGGGCCCUCCACCAAUGGAUAAACCUAAAAGGAGAACACCUGUGUCAUAUGGUGGAAGGUCUGCUGCCCCUGAAAAGUCACAGCGAUCGAGGAGCGUAUCUUUCAGCCCUGACCGAGUUCGUGUUAGGGGCAGGUCUCCUGCUUUUAACGCACUGGCAGCUACUUUUGAGAACCCAAAUGCUAGAAAUCUAUCUACGCCUCCACCAAUGGUGAGAAAGCUUUAUCCAAAAUCUGUGACUCCAGAUUCAGCAAAAUUGGCACCCAGAUCAGCUGCUAUUGCAGCAUUAACAGCAAGUUUUGAUAAACCUUUACCCGCCAAGGACGUCAUAAUACCUCGCUCUAUCAAAGGGAUCCCUGAGGCACCAAAAUUGAGCACUGAAACCCUCACAUCAAGUCCUCAGGCAAACUCAAAGGAGAACUCAGUUAAUAGUACAACAGAGGAGGCUCCUAAACCUAAACCAGAAACAAUACAGGAAGAUGUGAAAGAGGGUGAAACUGAAGAUGAGGAAGGACUUCCGAUCUAUCCUUAUGACCGGCUUAAAACAACAGCAGCAGAUCCUGUUACUGAAAUUGAUGUAACUAAGCGAGAGACUUACUUGUCUUCAGAAGAGUUCAGAGAGAAAUUUGGGAUGGCUAAGGAUGCUUUCUACAAGUUACCCAAGUGGAAACAGAAUAAGCUAAAAAUGGCACUCCAGUUGUUCUGAGUGCAUCCAGGCCUACUCUCUCCCAGGUUGCUGCAGCAUAGACUGCGGAUAGAAGAAAACAUACUUAGAGAAUUUUACAACCCUUCUCUAUCAAUUUUCGCCCAUUCCAAUUGCUUCCAGUUUUCUAUAAUUGGCUCAUACAGCAACAAGGGACCAAUUUCAACAGUGUUGAGGGACAGCGCCAGUGUAAUUUUAGCUGCUACUGGUCCUAUGUUUCGGAACUGAACAGGACUAAGGAUCCCUUCUUUACUUCCAGUGAUAUUUUUGGGGGUUUCUUUUUGCUAAUUUAUUAUAAGUUAGUUGCUUGAUUCUUUUUGUUUGUUGUGAGUUUGCAUUUUUUUACGCAUCCUAUUUCUUUUCCAAUUUUUUUUAUUUUUGGUUGGUUUUAGCCAUCAUUGAUUUAAUAGAAAACCUGGGGGUUUGCAAAUGAAAACUCAUUAGGCUGUGACGCGAGGUUGUGUACAGUGUGUAACCACUCCACUUGUUAUUUGUUUAGUAAAUGGAAGUCUUGAUUGGUUUUCCCUAA